UACACAAUGUGCUGCCGUAACGGUAAAGUCAAACUACCGCAACAUUACUUUACAUUCCCUAGCGCGCCACCCUUCCUCAUUGGUUUAUUAACUGAAGAUACAGACCGCGCUCGCAAGUUUCGCAACAAUAUCAGGAGCUAUAACAACACGUUAAGUUUCACUUCUCUCGGUUGCAAGAUUGAUCGCAGUGUCGAUGGGCCCUAUGGAAUUUGUUGUUUUAAAAUUUUUGGACAAUUGGUGCAUAAUAUGGGGAGCAUUUUGCCGCGGGAUAACGAGGCCCCAGCUUUUGCUCAAAUUUAUUUAAUGGGUCAAGACACCGACGAGGAAGCUGACCACAGAGUUUUUAUGUCACAAGCGGAUAUAGAUCCAACAAUUAUCAAACAGUUCCUGGACUUCUUCUAUGUUUCCAACCCGUAUGCAAUACAGUUCAAGAUGGCGUACCAAGUUGCACAACAAUACCAGAGCAUUUCGUUUUGCAUCAAAUCCAUCCCACCGCCACCUCCGGGACAAUUCAGUCACGACGUCAGAACAUAUGUCCGACCUUCAGCAUCCGAGGUAGCAAUGAUCGUGGGCGGUGGUGGCGAUAUUGGCGAAAACAAUCGUGAUAUCAUUUUGCACAGCGUUGACGGUGGAUUUAAGCGGGUGUCCAAGCGGCACACUGGUUAUCUACCUCUGAGAUACCCGGUGUUAUUCCCUUGGGGCCAAGCGGGGUACGACAAGAACUACAGAGUACCAACUGACGAUGGUGAGUGCCGACCCCUCGAUUUGCUUCCGUUAUAUAUGCUGAUUUGA